GCUAUGGUCGUGCCGAUUGGACGCGAUUCUGCAUACAACCCACCGGUUGAGUUACCUUCAUCCAGCGCCUCCAACUUCUUUGAAGAAGCUGCGGCAGGAAGUGCUGAAGAGGCAGAGUGCCGCAGGAGAUUUGAUAGAUUUGCCACAAAGCCUGGCAAUAUUGGCAAUGAGCCUGACUUCCUUUCCUUUCAAGACUUCACAAGAUUGAUGGAGCACUAUGAAGCGAGCGCUACUUCGAAUUUGGUGACGUUUUUCUACGCCAUCGACCGGAAUCGCGAUGACAAGCUGGAUUUUCAAGAGUUUUUCUUGGGCUCCACAGCUGCUGACCCUCAAACAGUUCACAUUCUCAAUUCUUUUACUGGGAAGGAACGAGCUGCUUUCACAUUUGACUUCUAUGAUGCAAACCGCAGCGGCUUUUUGGAGCUUGAAGAGUUCCAAAAAGUUUGCAGAGACUGUGCAAUUGUAAGUCUUGAUGAUGCUCAACUUCGACGACACACCUUUGACAAAGCAAUGGAGCUUGGCUUGAUGCAAGAGAGGCGAGGGCGAAUCAUGGAUGAGGAGCAGUCGUUCAUGCCUCCCAGCCAGAGUCAAUUCUAUGAGUUCAUCUCGAGUGAGCGUUUACGUGGUACCUCUCGUCUAUUCCGCUUUGGGAAAUCUUUAAUCAAGCCACCGCGGCAUCUAAGAAGACUUGAUGGUGAUGAUGCGACUACAAAUGAUCCCAGUGAUGAGGAUUCUGAUUGGCUGGGUUUUGACAGUGAAGAGACUCCGAGCUCAGCAGCGCAGGACCUGGAGACGCUUCUCCCUUACACUGAUCUACUUCUAGCUGCUCCAGACAGUGAACUGGAAUUGGACUCACAGAAGGGUUUGUCAGAGGCACGAAACGUUGCCAGUGAGGUGUUGAAAGGUCUGAGUCAUCCCAGUUUCAAAGAAAUGGCGCCGCCAGCAGAUGGCAGCUUCGCUCUAGCCACUGCAGAUGAUAUUUGCGGACUCUGCAAUGCAGCGGUCGAAAUCAUGAGGGAUGAGGACAUGGUUAUAACCGAUUUGUCUCCUCCAUUGAAAGUCUUUGGUGCGCUCCAUGGACAGCUGUGGGACCUGUUGUCCCACUUCAAGUGGCACCUUCCGCCAGUUAUGGAUAUGUGCUAUGGUGACAUCGCGUACAUGAGAUACUUGUUCUUGGGUGACUACUGCGACCGUGGAAGCCACAAUCUCGAAGUCUUGACAAUUCUGUUUGCGCUCAAGGUCCUCAAUAGAGACAAAGUUUUCUUACUCAGAGGACAUCAUGAGAACAGGCAUGUGAAUUAUCACUUGGGACUACGAGAAGAAUGCGUUCGACGGCUUGGCCAAGUGUCCGGCAUGGAGGUCUAUGAACAACUAAACCGAACGUUUGAGCAUAUGUCCCUUGCUGCUUUGGUUCUGGGUAAACUUCUGGCAUUGGGCCCUGGAAUUCUACCAACAUCACUACAUCGCAUAGACCAACUGAAAAAAUACAGGAAGCCUUUGUACUUGCCCCAUCCCCUGCACCAGCGACCUAGUGAAAAGGCAGAGCGGCUGAAUGAACAGGUGCUUCUGGAACUCUUCACGCCCAGCGACCUUUUGCCGCCAGAACUUGGUUGCAGCAGUGAACGUGAGGGUGACCAUGUGAAGGCUUUCUGUGCUGCCCAGAAGCUCAACAUUGUGGUCGCCAGUCGGCAAAUCCCUCCUAGUGGCUUCGCAUACGACCCUGCAAGUCGCCUUCUCAGGGUGUGCUCGUGCCUGAAUUACUGCAACCUUGCCGUGGGAAACAUGGCGGCCAUCCUCUACAUUGUUCUGAACGAAGAGAGCGACUGCGCGUUUACAAUCCGGCCAAAGGUUUUGGCUGCGUAUGGAGAUAGCAAAGACUUCUUGGAUGGAAGACCCCAGACAAGCCAGCAAAAUCCAAGCCGGUGGCCGCUACAAGAGCGCGCUCCGACGCCGGGACGUUUCCGAGAGCCGAAGGUCCAUCGCCAUGAUCCGCCUGGGCGGCAAAGUCUGCCAGUGAUCCAUGUCCUGGAAGAUCAAGCUGUUGCGACAGUGGAGGACGGCCCAGUGCCUCUGCACUUUCCUGUGUGGGCUGCCAGAGUCACUCCAGUCAGCGAUGCUGAUGUCGGGAAAUCACCAUUUCGAUCUGUCAGCUCCCGCCGAGAAGCAGCUGAAAGUUAG